UAUGAUGUCAGAUGUAUUGGUUGUCAGGACGCUGAAGGCUAGAAGGCUAUAAUAGUGCACAAUGAAAACCUAUGACUUUAGGCAGGGGCAGACUGACAACUCAUGGGGCCCCCGGGCAAGAGGGGAUCAUGAGGCCCCUGUGUCCUUGCCCAAACUCAAAAAAGCCUAUGAAAAAGGUACCAGGGGCAUCUCAUGGGGCCCCCUACUGACCUCGGGCCCUCGGGCAGUGCCUGAGUUUCCAAAUGGUCAGUCCGCCCCUGCU